AUGGCGCUGCAGAGCCCUCUCGGCACUGCGUUUUCUGCUCCACUGCUGAAAGGAGACGCCUCCGCUACUCCGGCGAGCUUGCCCGCGUUGAAAGCCGCACACAGGAACCGCCAGACUCGGAUAUUAUCCUCUUCAAAUCACAGCAAGCUGCUGCCGUCUUCCCGCCUGGUACGUUCCCCUCUCAUCGGAUCCGGAUUUUCGACGUGUUUUCCCAGUAAGAUAUUAUUGCCCGUGACGCCGUUUCUGAGAAAGGUUAGAGCUUCCAAGAUGGCCGGGGAGGUCGAGUUCUCCGGCAGCUCCUCGGACGAAGAGAGCGACGCAGCCACUGCCGGGGCCACGAGGGGGGCUGAUCCUUUCCUCAUGGAUGACGAAGAGAGACUAGAGUGGAGGAGGAAGAUCCGCCAGGUGAUCGAUGCAAUCCCAGAUGUCGAGGAGGAGGCUGACCAAGAGGAACGGGGGAGGAAGAUGCAGAGGCUCCUGGCGGAGUACCCGCUGGUGGUGGAAGAGGACGACCCCGACUGGCCCGAAGAUGCGGACGGCUGGGGUUUCAACUUCGACCAGUUCUUCAACAAGAUCACCAUCAAGAACGUGAAGAAGGACGACGACGAUGAGGAUUACGACAGCGACAAGGAGAUCGUCUGGCAGGACGACGAUUACAUAAAACCCAUCAGGGAUAUUAUAGCCGAGGAAUGGGAGGACAUGGUCUUCAAGGAUUUCAACCCCCUGGUCAUCCUCGUCCACAACAGAUACAAAAGGUUGGAUCUUCUGUCUCUUCUCCUUCCUCCACUCCUGCAACUUCUCGCCGUAUCUAGCAGAACCCGCCGCUCAGGGAUCUUCCAUGGCUUCCCUCCUCUUGACCCAGGCCUGGGGAAAACGAAAGGGCCCGUAGCGAGCUGGAGAGAGCGGUCCACAUGUUCUGGGAGAGUAGACUCCCCUCACCCAGGGUACAUAUUUCCUGCCGGAAUCUCCUCCGCCGCGCGUAUCGGUCCUGGAUUAUCACUAAUCUUCAUGGCGGUGGGCUUUUAUUUACAGUGCGCCGCUGUGGACGCCGUCGUCGAGCAAGAUCUAGCCUCGGCUCUGCGUGUCUCCAUCUUCCCGGAGAUCAUCUUCACGAAGGCGGGCAAGAUCCUUCAUCGCGACAAAGGUACGAGCAGCCCCUCUGCACCAUAUAUGUCUGAUCCUCGGUCGCUCCAUACUUUUGCAAUCCUCUUCAUCGCCGCCUUGGCCGCCCCUGAUCAGUGGUCCGGACGGCGGAUGAGUGGUCGAAGAUGAUGGCGUUCUUCUACUACAAGGCAUCCCGCCCGCCAUGGCUGGACAAGACCGCGGGCCAAAGUCAAGAGAAGAUCCCUUCCCUCCCAUCAGAAUAG